AUUUGCUCAUCGCAGAGAUAUUGGACAUUAAAUUUCACAAUUUUGAAAAACACUAUCGAUCGUCGCUGGUUAUGUUGUCAUCGUAAUAGUUUGUCGGUACUAUGAUAUCUGGAAAACUGAAGAACUUCCGCAAAACUAUAGAAGACGUACGUGAAGGAAAGGAGCAUGCGUUAGAGGCUAUCCGUAAAGAUCUGACUUCGAUUCCCUACAUCUCAGAGCUUGCAAAGUUGGAUCAUUUACGUUCCCUAACUCUGUCUCACAAUAAAAUAACGGAAAUACCUCAAGAGAUAUCAACUCUGCAAACUUUGGAACACCUGAAUCUCUUUAAUAAUUGUAUUGUGGAUAUCUCUCCAAAGAUUGUGGAGUUAACAUAUUUACGAUCUUUAAAUCUUGGAAUGAAUAAGCUGUCUGUCUUACCUCGCGGUUUUGGUGCUUUCCCUUCCCUCGAAAUUCUCGAUUUGACGUAUAAUAACUUAAAAGAAACUAGUUUGCCUGAUAAUUUCUUCAACUUGGUAACACUUAGAGCUCUAUACUUGUCAGAUAAUGAUUUCGAACGCAUUCCACCUGGCAUUGGAAAACUUGUGAAUUUGGAAAUAUUGGCUCUUCGUGACAAUGACCUUGUGUCUCUACCAGCAGAGAUAUGUUUACUUACCAGAUUAAAAGAACUCCAUCUUCAGAACAAUCGCCUUGCUGUACUGCCUCCUGAAUUAGGUAUACUUGAUCUCUGUGGGCCUAAACAGGUAGCUAAACUAUCAGGCAAUGAUUGGGUUUCACCAAUAGAGGAUCAGUUACAAGUUGGUCUCUCUCAUGUCUUUGAUUAUAUUCGGUCAGAGACAUACAAAUUGUAUGAAUUCAAUUUCAAUGGUAAACUGAGGAAGAAUAAUCCUGAAUAUGUACUGGUGAAGUGCAUUCACAUCCUAUGUUUCAUUGCUAAUUUGGAAGGUUAAAGGGAAAAUUAUUCCUGUGAUAACGUUAAUACUUACUCGAAUGGAUGUUUUCAACUGAGUUUCAACUUCUGGUGUAAGAGACAUAUCUUCCACAAUCGACCAAUAUCCGUAGGAGCCGCACAUAACAGGGAACGAAAAUGCGAUCCCUUCUGGUACUCCAUACCAGUCUGAAAGCGAGCAAACAGCUAUUUAAUGAACACAGCGCCAUAAAUACGUAAGAAAUGAGUUGUAAUAUCCACGUCAAAACGGGCUGUUCAGUGUAGUUUGGAACUUUCUAGGUAUGGCUAGAGGAUCUUGAUAUACUGUUUAACAAUUAGCAUUACGGUAAUUGGACAGCAUCUUCCUGUUAUAUCUGGAUUUUAUUUUUGAGAUGUGAGCGUUCUGAAAAUUGCUUCGAUCAUAUUAUAUAGAUCAUUUUUAAAGUUUAAUACACUAAAGCUUUUACAGACUGAAUUUUCUCUACAUCAUGUCAUUUCUAUUUCCUUAUCUACAUCUAGAGUCGAUUUGCAUGUAUUUUACUUUAAUUCGUUUUCCUUUGAUAUGUUCAUGUAAAUCAAAGCUUCGCCCUAAGUUUUUAGUUUACUAACAUGUGAUGG